AGAGUGUCCGGGUCCGGGUUCGAAAUUCGGGUUUAGAUUUUUACAGAGUCGCAAUCUGAACUUUGUUAAAGUUUGAAGUAGGUUUUAUUUCAUAUUUUAUUUCAUAUAUAAGUAUACAAAACUUUAAAUUUGUGUUACAAUAAAAUUGCACGAUUAAUCAUAUAAAUCUGUUUAAAGUAUCUACUUAGUUAAAUUAAUAUUAUUAAUUACUUUAUUUAUUACAGCUAUUACGUCAACAUCAGAAACACAAUACCUAAACAUAUUUAUAUAUGGAUAUCUAGGAGUUUGUUUUUGCUCGCUCAUCGUUGACAUAACUUUUGGCUCUCACUUCGGAAUGGACUUUACCUACCUAACUAAUGAGUUGAAUAAAAGUAAUAUGACAGAUAUAGCCGAUAACUAUGCCACGGACAUCCUGCGUCUCGGCGCAUUGCUCCUAAUGAGCGUUUGUCUGAAAGGUUUCAUCGGACAUCUCGUAAAUAUAGUGUUGCUCGUAUUGCUUCUGAUAUAUGUAAUAGAGUACGUAGAGAGACUGAAUAAAUCCCAGCACUCCAUUCACAAAGUGGGUGCGCUGAAUGCAUUCGAGAGCCAAACGAAAAAUGAACAUUGCAACCAUCAAUGCGAAAUAUGUAACCAGCGCAAUAGAAACGGAAGGCCCGGACCACAAAUCAACUACGGCUACACGAACGACGAAGAACCACCACGAAGCCGAAGUCCGAUACGUAAUGGCAACACGAGACCAGAAUACAUGAACCCGGUGUUUGACCGCUCCAACUCCUGGCAGCCGUCACCCGGUUCAUCGAGGCCGUUCUCUUACCUGGAAGACGUGAAACGGCCACCACCACCUAUGAGUAUACCGCCGUCUUCACCAUCAGCUUCCGCCAACGACAGUCAGUGGAGGCACGACCGCUGGCAAACAGGAAUGCCGCCUGUGCCCGCCCCGGACUAUAGCCCUCACGGUCAACGUAAACUUAAGUCUGCCUUGAAAUCGUAUAUGUAGAUAAAUAAGCCUUUGUUUUAUAAAUAAACAGAACUAACUACUCUACAUUUUAUUUUUGAUGACGGAAAGAGCAAGAUAAAAUCCAUAGCCCUAUCGAUGACAAAUAGAGAUGAAGCAUAAAUAG